AUGUCUCAACAUCAUUGUAGCAGACAAGAUCAUUCCUGUUGGAUUGGCCAGGUUUUUAUCUUUGAUGUCCAAACCAACGUGUCUGCAACCUGGCUCGAAAACUGCAUGUUCUCUACCGAAGUUUGCACCUGGAACAAGACCUGGUCCCCCAAUAAGAGCGGCACCAAUAUUAGACAGGAUGGAACCAUAAAGAUUUGGUGUCACCAUGACAUCAAACUGUUGUGGGUUCGAAACAGCUUGCAUCGAAGCAUUGUCCACAAUCAUGUCCUUGACUUCAAUGUCGGGAUACUCCGACGUUCCGACAUCCUUCACGGUAGCUCUGAACAAACCGUCACCAAGUUUCAUAAUGUUGGCUUUAUGAAUAGCGGUAACAAGCUUUCUGUCGUUUUUAAUGGCAAAAUCAAAAGCAAACCGAGCGAUUCUUUCUGUCUUGUAUUUGGUCAUAAUCUUCAAAGAUUCCACAACCCCCGGGACAGACUGAUGCUCGAGACCAGAAUACUCACCCUCGGUGUUCUCUCUCACCAACACGAAGUCAAUAUCCUGUAA